AUGGGCGACGGCAGCCAUCCUGGAGGGUCCGUGUGUGCCCUGUUCGUGUGUUGUGUAUGCCGCCGCAGCGUGCCGUUGGCAGGGCAAAGUACCGUCUGCACUAUGAACAUUCCUGGCAGCGCAAAAAGAAUAUAUAAACACAAAAAACCCGAAUUUUUAUCGAGAGCGCAAACAAACACUGACGAGGAUGUAAAGAGCGCAAAGGAGUGCUGCGCGGCAUUCCCUGUUACUUCUCAACGUAAUGAAAGGCAUCAGCAGGGGAAGGUUAGGCUCCACCCAGCGGUCAAAGGAUCACGCACGACAGCCACUGGUAAAUAUGGUGCGCUGUCGCCCUCUCCAUUCACUCCAUGGUCUGUAGACGGAAAUAGUCGAGAGGCCAGUCAGUAUACCGAGAGCGAUUGCGGCGGAGCAAGCGAAGCGUCUACAACCUACGGUAAUGUGAAAAAGGUAGCGAUGGGGAGAGCCCAGAUAACGGCGACGUUACCGGAAACCUUUGCACAUCAGUAUGCAUGGUUUCCAAAGGAAAAAAACGACGCGUAUAUUUCUGAUGUUUGGAGUUCAGUACAAGAGGGCAGCACAGUUCCCUCAUCUGGCGCGUUAAAUCCCUCUACCGCUUUGGCCUCUGCCCCUUGCAGCAACAUUUUGCAGGACCGACUUCCGAUACCGCUGGCGUCCCUAAUACUAUCAACUCCAUUCCCUAGUCUUAAUAUUUCAACUCCCCAUAUAGCAGGGAUUGUGGAAGCUGAGUCUCCUGGAAGGUCUGGUGGUGGAGCUGCUGAUGGUGAGGCGUGUAAUCGUUCCAAUGCUGCGAACCUCGAGGAAUGUGACGAUAGCAAUGAAUAUUACUCCAUGGCUGGCUCUCACCUUUCGUUCACAUUUGCUCAAAUGGGCGGAGGCCUGCAGUCAAAUGAAUCGCAUGCUUUGAGAACCCCGUCUCCCCGACCCCAAAGAAGUGGAAAUGCCCCCACGAAUGUAAAUGCGGAACUAAACGACGUUAGCUGCAGCAGGAUUGGGUUAGCACGGACACUGACGUUAGAAAGAACAGUAUCGUGCGGCACCAUAUCACCCCCGCCGAUGACAGACGUUUACAAGGCGCUUUUAACUCAGUUCUCCGAGCGACUGAUGCGGCAGGUGGUUCAUGGAAGUACGACAGACCUGCCCUUAUGCAUUAGUUGCUGGAUAUCUGCACUAGCAGGACAAAAGGAUGCCACAACUAUUGCUAUGAAAGAUUUGGCAAAGCUUAUGGAGGUAGCGGAGAUUCCUGAUGAGUUGGAAGUUCAGCCGAGUGGUUACCAUGUGGAUAAAAGUAACUGCAAAGAGCAGCAAGAUAGACAAUCCGGCGUUUUCGAUUUGCAGCAACAGGAGAGCCUGGAAAGGUUGAGUAUUGAGGUUGACGAAGCAGAGUCGCACCUGGCACACAUCUCUUGGGCACACUUGGAGGUUGCUGAUGAAAUGCUCCCGGACCUGAAAGCGCAACGUGAAGAAACUUCGCGGAAGAUAAUUGAGGUUAGUAUUAGGACCACUGCAUAUCAAACGAAAGCGUUUUACGAGGUUGCUGAAACGGCAGCCGCCUUAGAAAAAUCCAUACAAAACAUGUCGCAGAGCUACACCCUCGCUCGCAGCACCCGUGCGACCUCAUUGGCCUUUCCAAUUAACACGAAAGGCAGCAUCGGAACCAUAGCCCGACUACGCCUUGGGAAAGUCGCCCCAAACACCCCAAAACAGACCCAGGUCGUAGCGACCCCUGCAACAAAUAAAGAGGCGGUACCAGCUAUAUCGGAAGACAAGGAGGAUUCAAAGGAUAGGUCGGAUGUUUCGUGCUGUGGUGCUGGUGAAUUUACCGCAUUGACGACCAUGCAACAACAAGUGUGCUUGCACUUCACGAGAGGUUUGCUUGACAAGCGUCAAGGCUUUGUAAGCACAACGGAGAUCAACAACGCCUGUGGUUAUCUUCUUCUUCUGCUCCAACACCUUAUUGAAUGGCACAACAUUAACACCAGCAGUGUUAUACUGCAUCCUAAUGGAGAAAGGAGCACGAUUGAGUUGAAGAAGAUGCGUAGCGCGCCACCGGACGCACCCAACAUCACCGUUGACUUUUUCAUUAAAGAUAAUUUUUUCUCGAGAAAGACGUUUGACAAAGCAUGCUUUGGUGUUGCUUCGUGUGUCCGUGAGAUUACUGUGUGGAUGGGGCGGCGCCUGCAGCAGUUGCGUGAGUGUGUGGAGCGCAGCGAAAGGGGCGACCGGUCAGAAACUGCAGCCAAUGCAGAUACAAGAGCAGAAGUUGUGAAACAUGGGUGGGUUACUCCGUCAUCACCACCUUUUGCUAUAAAGGGAGAGAAAGUGGGCGGUCUAUCGGUACGGUAUGGCGAAGUAAGCGAUGGUGAAUGGACCGCAGCGAUGCGGAAUCUGCUGGACGUUGUCCAUUGGUGUGUUGUUGUUUCGUGUGAAGUGAAUGAUCUUCAACAGAUGCUUUUUGAAAGGGAUGAAAGCUCUAGCAGCUGA